UCUCAUUUUCAGCUGUCAACUAGGGUUUCAGUUUUACAUUGUUCAUCUCAGUUUGAACGAAAUUGUUAGCAAUUCCGAGUUCGAUCCAAUUCGAAAUGCCUAAAGCUUCAACAGAUCAAUCCCAAACGCCCGGAGACGGUAACCAGACAAGUCUAUCUCGCACUUUCAAGUACUUAUUGGCUACGCAGUUCUUGUCAAGAGGAAUUCCAUUCAUAUUCAAUUCAUGGAUCGUGAGGCACCUCACGGAAGAAGACUAUGCGUUAUAUGCGAUUCAGUUCCAUCUCUUUGUCACAUGUGUCUUGUUUCUUAGUCGUGAGGGGUUCCGUCGAGCUUGCAUGCGUGCAGACCUUAGCUGUGAUAGUUCUUCAACAGUGGAAAAUACUGCAAAAUUAUUGAAAGUAGCCUGGAUGACUCUUCCACUUGGUGUUGUUAUUACACUUGCAGCAUGCCUUCUCAUCUUCUGGUGGCAAGGACUAAGCUAUUCUGACCCAUUUGCGCAAGCUAUCUUGAUCAAUGGUUGGGCGUGUAUCUUGGAGCUAUUGGCAGAACCCUUAUAUAUCCUUUCUCAGACCAUGCUUAUGCUCAAACUCCGCUUAGUGGUUGAAACUGCUGCUACACUUUCACGCUGUGUAACAAUGAGAAAGGAAUUGUCUUUGCAUUAUCACAAACUGCAUAUGGAGCAAUCUUGUUCAUUGGCUACUGGUUUUACUUUCUUCUCCUUCAUUCAUUUACAAUUUCUGAUAUUUUUCCUUUCAGGUAUUGAUUCUUUUUACAUCAUUUUCUUGUUUGUGCUUCUGCUUUAAUUUUUAAAUGUCCUCUUUCAAGUCUAAGAAAAUAAUAUCUCAAACAAUAAAUAAAGAACGAAGUUAAGACUUUGAGAUUGUAGUUGGCCACGUAUAUAGGAGCUUGGCAAGAUCCUGAGGUUCUCUCAGUCAUCCUAGCACUUCUCCUCCUCUGAAUUUCUUUUCCAGUUUCUUCUCAUGAACUGGUCACCCGUAUCUUUUCUGACAGCUCUGGCUUUAAAUGUUUUAACUUAUCACCUUGCCAAACCUAUCAAUGUGCUAGGUUUAUCAUUUUUCAUUAUUGCUAUAGAUUAAUCAUGCUAUUCGCCUAUGCUUGCUAACAUUAAUUUGAAAUGUCAAUUUUAUUUCUAAACUGCUGCACUUUCCUUAGUAGGAUGGCAGCUGGUUGCAUUGCUUUUUGUAAAUGAAUGAUAUAUGAUCUGUGCGUUUGCAGACUAGGAAAUGUUAUGGAUUAUGAUAAGCAGCUUUCAAACAUGUGUAUGCUGUUUACUUUUCAAUCCUUCCGGAAGUUAAUCUUGCAAGAAGGAGAAAAGAUGGUUCUUGUAUGGUUCGAUACACCAUAUAACCAAGCUGUAUAUGGACUUGUUGAUAAGUUAGGGAGCUUGGUGGUUAGAUUGGUGUUCCUUCCAUUUGAAGAAAGUUCAUACACCACAUUUGCCAGGUCUGCUUCAGGACAAUCUCAACAUAAAUACAGGAACUUGGGAAGUUGUCUUGCUGAGGCCCUGAAGCUUGUUUUGCUAAUUGGUCUUGUAUUUUUGGCAUUUGGCCCAAGUUACUCGUAUUCUCUGAUCAGAUUAUUGUAUGGUCAAAAAUGGAGUGAUGGAGAAGCUUCAGUUGCCCUGCGUUAUUAUUGUCUUUAUAUCAUAGUUUUGGCUAUGAAUGGAACUUCUGAAGCAUUUCUACAUGCAGUGGCUACAGAGAACCAACUCAAACGCUCAAAUGAUUCUUUGCUUGUAUUUUCAUUGAUAUAUGUAGUGCUGAAUGUCAUGUUGAUACAAUCUGCUGGUGCAGUUGGCUUGAUUCUUGCAAAUUCUUUGAGUAUCCUUACGAAAUUGCUGUCAGCAUAUGUUUAUACUUCUUUAUCCUGAGAUCUUUUCUAACAUUCAUUUUAAGUGACAUUUAUAACAGGGUUGGUGCUACUACAAAUUCCUUAGUUCCCAAAAUGGCCAUUUCUCUAUUGGAAAGGAAUUAUUUUAUAGAUUGAAUGCAUUGGCCUCUGUUUCCUUGAUUAUCAAAUAGAUAUGAUUUUGAGGAUUGUAUAUUCUGCAGUAUUCAUCAAGCAUUAUUUCCAGGAUUCUUCGUCAUUUUCUUUUCACAGCUGCUUGCCUUCAGGUUGGACAAUUCUGUUGUUUUCAGGUGUAGCCACUCUUAUUUCUGAGAAACUGUUUCUGGACCGUGAACAUUUCUGGCAAACAUUUCCAAUCCAUUUUUUGAUUGGAUUUACUUUCUUCUGCAUCUCAUCUUUUGUCAU